AUGGAGAAGAUCUUCAAUGCCAAACGAUGUCCUGAUGAAAAUAGAUUGGCGUACGCUGAAUACUUAUUGACUGGAGAAGCGAGCCAUUGGUGGUCGAGCGUGAGAGCUAUUCUAACAGACGCGCAACAACCGAUCACUUGGGAAGUGUUUAGAAAUAAGUUUUAUGAAGAAUGCUUCCCUGACAGUGUUCGGUUUGCAAAGGAGGUGGAAUUUCUACAACUGGUUCAGGGGAGUAUGUCCGUCUCAGAGUACACCAAUAAGUUCAAACACCUCGUCAGAUUCAAUACUAUGGCCACAAGUGAAGUGUGGCAGUGUAGAAAAUUUGAGAACGGGUUGAGGAGCGAUCUAAAGGUAUUAAUCUCCAGCCUGUGUAUCCGGACGUUCCCAGCCAUGGUUGAGAGGGCUAAAGUAUUAGAGAAAAAUAUGGCUGAGGCGGAACAACAGAAGAAACAACAGGCGUCAAGAGGACCAAUUCUGUCGAGACCUAAUGUGAAUCGGAACAGGACCCCAUACGCUCGUCCAGCUCAGUCAAGUGGUUCGCAAGCUAUGGUAGUUGCUGGACAAGCAAAUCAACCGGGGCCGGUCAUAUGUUUUCAGUGCGGAGGACCCCACUUUAGAUCAUCAUGCCCUCAGUUGGUUGGAGGGAAAUAUUGCACUCGAUGUAAAAGAAACGGUCAUCUGGAGAACAAGUGUAAUAUGGGCGGACGUGCUGUUAUGAGGCCGCCGAACGCUGGGAGGAACCAACAAGGGAGAGGCAGACGAGCCCAAGCUGUUGGGCGUGUAUAUGCAAUCACGGGUGCAGAAGCAGCGAGUUCAGGUACACUUAUCACCAACACGUGCUUGCUAUAUGGAAUGAAAUGUUGUGUAUUGUUUGACUCGGGGGCGACACACUCCUUCAUCUCGAAGGCGUGCGUUGAUAAGAUGGGAUUAGCUGAGAGUGAGAUGCAGUUCGACUUGGUGGUGUCAACCCCAGCGGCUGGAGAGGUUAAGACAUCUACCAUGUGCGUUAGAUGUCCUAUUGAGGUAGAAGGGCGUAGAUACAAGGUGAAUUUGAUAUGUUUGCCUCUCAAAGACUUAGAAGUAAUUUUGGGAAUGGAUUGGCUGAAUACCAAUCGCAUUCUCAUCGAUUGUGGGGCUAAAGAAUUAAUUUUUCCUGAGGAAGAUGAAGAAGAGUUAGGUGUGACGCUUGGUCAACUUAAAGAAGAUAUUAUGGAAGGCGCGAGUUGUUUUCUGAUUAUGACGCACGAAGACAGGGAAACUGGAACUCUGAGUUUUGAACGAUCGUCCAACAACAAGAACAUAGAAGGACGAUCGGUUGUAGAUGAAUUCCCGGAUGUCUUUCCGGAUGAAGUACCAGGACUGCCUCCCGUUCGUGAAGUGGAGUUCACAAUUGAUUUGGUGACUACAGCCGCACCAAUCUCAGUCCAACCGUAUAGAAUGGCACCAGCAGAAUUGGUUGAACUUAAAAAGCAAAUUGAAGAAUUAAUGGACAAGAAGUUCAUCCGUCCAAACGUGUCACCUUGGGGAGCGCCUGUGCUGUUAGUAAAGAAAAAGGAUGGUGUAUUUGUCGGCAUUUAG